GCAAAGGACCGGUCAGUGAUGGAGCUGCUGCCAUGACAACCCCGGGAAGUCAGCCUGCGCGCCGCCCAGGGAUGCUGCCGGCCAGCCCAGCCGGCGGGGCUGGGAGGAGGAUGAGGAUGAUGAUGCUACCACCACCGCCGCCGCUUCCCCUGACCCCCCAAUACCCAUCCUACUACCGCCGAUAAGCCCUGCUGGAAGCUGAAAAGGGGGGGGGGGUUGUUCUCUGGCACCCCACCAUCUUGCAUCCGGACAUCCCCCACCACCUCCAUCCAUCCUGCAUCCCGCCUGGACCGACCCGGCGGUGGGGCUGGAGGAGAGGAACCGCUGGGAGGCUUUCCCCACUCUGCCUUUUUGCCUCUAACUCGCCUCGGGGGGGUGGUUUUUGGACUGUUUUUUGGUUUUUUUGGACUGCCCCCCCUGCUCCGCGCUGCGAACUCGGGGGGGAGCUGGGGGGGGUGCACCCCGGCACCUCCUCGCCCAAAGUGAGCCUCGGACUGCUUCCCGGGAAGAGCCGGCUCGCCCAACGUCCAGCACCUUUGCCACUUCUCCUCCUCCUCCUCUUCUUCCUCCUCCUCCUCCUCUUCCCCACCCCGGCCCUCCCGGUCCUCCUCCCUCACCCAAGGAUACCGGGGACUCCCUCCGGAUGCCGCUGGGCAGGCUCAGCGCUCGCAGCCAGCCUUGCCGGGGGCUCUCCUGAUCUCCGUGGAGCUCCUCAUCGCUUGCCCCGGAGUGCCCGUGCGCAGCGGAGAUGCCACCUUCCCCAAAGCUAUGGACAACGUGACUGUGCGGCAAGGGGAGAGUGCCACGCUCAGGUGCUCCGUGGAUAACCGAGUCACCCGAGUGGCCUGGCUGAACCGCAGCAGCAUCCUCUAUGCCGGCAACGACAAGUGGUGCUUGGACCCUCGGGUGGUGCUCUUGGCCAACACCAAAACCCAGUACAGCAUCCAGAUCCAAGACGUGGACGUCUACGAUGAGGGGCCCUACACCUGCUCCGUGCAGACAGACAAUCACCCCAAGACGUCGCGCGUCCACCUCAUCGUGCAAGUGUCUCCGAAAAUCACCGAGAUCUCUUCUGACAUCUCCAUCAACGAGGGCGGCAACGUCAGCCUCACCUGCAUAGCCACGGGCAGGCCAGAUCCCACAAUCACCUGGAGACACAUCUCGCCCAAAGCCGUGGGCUUCAUCAGCGAGGACGAGUACCUGGAGAUCACGGGCAUCACGCGGGAGCAGUCGGGCGAGUACGAGUGCAGCGCCUCCAACGACGUGGCAGCCCCCGUGGUCCAACGAGUCAAAGUCACUGUCAACUACCCUCCGUACAUCUCGGACGCCAAGAGCACCGGGGUGCCCGUGGGGCAGAAGGGCAUCCUGCUCUGUGAAGCCUCUGCUGUCCCCUCUGCUGACUUCCAGUGGUACAAAGAUGACAAACGGCUGGCUGAAGGACAGAAAGGACUGAAAGUGGAGAACAAAGCCUUCUUCUCCAGGCUGACUUUCUUCAACGUCUCCGAGCAGGAUUACGGCAACUACACCUGCGUCGCCUCCAACCAGCUAGGGAACACCAACGCCAGCAUGAUCCUCUACGAAGAGACAACUACCGCUCUGACACCCUGGAAAGGUCCCGGAGCGGUGCAUGAUGGGAACAACGGCGCCUGGCGACGAGGAGGCUGCAUGUGGCUACUGGCCCUCCCGCUCGCCCAGCUGGCCCGCCAGUUUUGACCCCAGAGCCGGCCCGCGGAGUAGCGGCGGCAACGACCACGGCCAGCGAGGGCAAGAGGAAAGGAGAGGAAGAAGAAGAAGAAGAAGAAGAUGAAGAAGAUGAUGAUGUGUUCACCGUUUCCGAAAAUAAUCAUAAGAAUUGAGAGAGUAUCCGGCCAGGCCACCUGGGGGAGGGGGAGAGUGGAAAAAUCACGCAAAAAAAAACACAAAACAAAACAAAAAAAAGCCAAACAAAAACGCAACGGGAAAUUGGAAAGGAGAGAAAAGAGAAAAAAAAAAAUAAUAUAAUAAUCCAAGGCUUCCUGCAGAAGAUGCAACGCGACUGAGUCUUUUUCUUCCCCAGUUUUAUUUUUGACUCCCACCCACUUAUCCCCCCUCCUCAUUUUCGCCGGUCGCCGCCGCGGGCCAUCGCAGAGGAUGGGGAGGGACACGGGGGGCACCUCACCGUGUCCCCCCACCCCAAGGUCCCCUCCACUGCCCUCGCCUGCCCAAUCCCUCCCCCAGGGAACCCUCCCUCCGGACGCACCGGUUUCCUUCUUUGCCGAGAUUUCCCCGUCUUCUCACGGACCGCGCCGCCAUUUGUGUUCCAGGACAUAGAUAUAUAUAUAUUUCUCCACGUAUACAUAUAUAUAUAUAUAUAUAUAUAUGUAUAGAUAUAUAGAUCUUCAACCAGUUUCCACGCCACCAGGAAAGGAAAAGGGAGGAAGGAGACGGGCGUCGAAGCCACGCGU